GGAAUCCUAUAUAUGACAAAACGAAAGAAAAUGUUAAGGAAAAGGGAGGAUCGGUUCGGUACAUAUGUAGAUCAAGACGAGUAAGAAGAAGAAUCACAAUAAGUAAACACCGUCGGAUUCCGUCGCGCCGCCCCCAGCUUUUGCUCGCAACCGCUCCUUCGCUGCUGCUCGGUGCCCCAUACCUUCUUCCGUUACCGGCAGCCCAGGGUAGUUUGGUGGAAGCAGAAACAUGUCAGAGGCCCUCCUCGUAUUAAUGAUACACAAGCUGAACAUGAAUUAUGAAAGGGACACAAAAACAAAGGAGGACGGCGUAAAAGAGGAAAUGGAAAAGGUGAUUAGAGAGAUGAGAGAGAUUGUGGAUAUUGUGAGGGAUAAGAAAUUGGAAGAGGGGAAAACCCUAAAUUUUCUGGUAUGUGACCUUGUCAACAUGGCUGACGAUGCCAUCGACCUUUUCAUAAAAGGCUUUAAUUCGUACUAUAAGUCCAUCCAUAGUUGGAUGGGAGAGAUCAAAACGCGCAUGCUUAAACUGGGAGAGGAUGGGUCAGAGACGGAGUCCUUCAUGAGAUCAUCAGAAAAUGUUGAUGACAAAUAUGUGGUAGGGUUAGAAGAAGAUGUGCAAAUGCUGCUGCGCACAAUUAUUGGUGGGGGAGCUGACAGGAAGACCGUUCUUAUCAAAGGGAUGUGUGGUAUUGGAAAGACAACUCUUGCGAGAGAGAUAUACAACUAUCCAACUGUCGUUGAGCAAUUCGAGCGUCGUGCUUGGGUAUCUAAUGUUACUCACUUCACUAUGAAAGAGCUACUUAUCAAACUAGUACAACAGCUAGAAGAUCCUCAGAAUCUCCAUGCAUCUUCUAUAUUGGAGGAAAUGGACAACCGAAGCCUCCGAGAUAUGCUUCACUAACACCUGCAAGGGAAGCGAUAUCUUAUAGUUCUUGACGACAUGCCCAAACAAAUGCACUUGAACUCUUUCGUGAACGCUCUUCCAUAUGACAAUGGAAGUAGAUUGUUGUUCACAAGUCACAUAACUCAUAGGGACAUAAAUGUACGCGAUGAAGAUGUUCAUCGGAUGAAAGCUUUGGAUCCUAAGAAGAGCUGGCAAUUGUUUCUGAAAACAAUAAACCAUGGCAACAAAUUGGCGGGUAAGCACAAAUUCCCAAUGAAGUUGGAGCAUAUGGGAAAACAAAUGUUGAGAAAAUGUGACGGUCUGCCAUUAGCUAUAAAAGAGGUGGGAAGGCAGUUAGCGGAAAAGAAAGUCUCAGGAGGGAGUGAAUGGGAACAACUUCUUGAAUCAGUUGAUUUUGGUUCAACAUUGAAGUUAUUGGAACCAUUUUAUCAUAAAUUGGAUCCCAUGCUCGAGUCAUGUUUCUUGUGUAUGGCCUUCUUUAAGAAAAAUACAACUUUGAGGGCAGAAAAGUUGUCACAGAUUUGGAUUGCAGGAGGAGUAGUGGAUUCCGAAGAUGACUGUAAACCAUAUUUAGAUGGUUUAAUUAAUGAAUCUGUUAUUGAUGUCAAGGACAAGAGCACGAAUUAUGAAAUGAAUGCUAUGCUACACAUGCUAUCCAUCCAAAAAGCAGAGGAGAAACUUAGUUUUGAGAUCCUAAGGAACAAUGGAAAUAAUCGACCCUCUGAGAGUCCUCGUCAUCAUCGUGUUAUCAUUUGUAGCAGAGACAAGUUCAACUACUCCACGGAUCAAGAUAAACAUCUUGUUUCUCUCUUCUUCCAUGGAGGUGGCUACUUCGACACUAGUCCGUCUUAUUGGAAGAGCUUUGAACAACGACUUAGGAUACUUGACUUGGAAGAUUUUGGGUUGAAGUUUUUACCGGAAACUAUCGGCACAUUGAUGGAAUUAAGAUACUUGGGGUUGAGAAAUAAUUUCAUAAGAGUGCUCCCAAUCUCAUUGGGGUGCUUGAAAAAGCUUGAGGUUCUUGACAUAGCUCAAGACUUUAUGGUAGAGGUGCCAGAUAUUAUAUGGGAAAUGCAUCGGCUUCGCCACCUCUACUUGUCUGAUGUGAUUUUCCAGAAGCCUUUGAAGGUAGAUGCGCUAUGGAAUCUGGAGACAUUAACCUACGUCUCGGUGGAUAAUUGGACAUAUGAGCUCUCGAGCUUAAAAAAAUUGACUUUGCUUAAGAAAUUGGGCAUAGAAGAAUUGGAUGGAAACUCAGAUGUAAGCAAGCUCUUUCCAUCAUUGGUUGUGUUGGAGGGUCUUAAACACCUAAUCUUAAGAGGGUAUCGUUUCAGAAGCAUGCCUUGUUUAGAUGAGCUUAGUAUUCUACAUAGGCUCGAAACACUCAAAUUGGAUGGAAUCCUUGCCAGGCUUCCAACAAGUUUCCCUCCAAAGAUUAAAUCAUUGACGUUGGUUAAUAGCUGUCUUGAUGAAGACCCCAUGCCAUUACUAGGGAAGUUACCCAAGCUAAAAUACCUCAAAUUGCGGAAUGCAUACACUGGUCAACAAAUGGUGAUCUUGCACAGCAGCUUCCAGUGGCUUCAAGUCCUGUGCAUCGAAGAGUUGUGCAAUCUGAGAAACAUACAAGUUGAAAAAAGUGCAAUGGGUUUGCUAUGGUUCACAAAAUUAGAAAUCCACGAUUGUCCAAAUCUGGAUGCUCUCCCGGAAGAGAUCGUGUCGAAGUUUUCUUUCACAGAGUUAAAGAUGGUGACAACCAAAAGCAUUGCAACAAAGAUGAGGAAUUCAGACUUAAUCUCCAAAAUAAAGGUCGUGAAUAUCAAUCCAUGAGCUAGCUCAGACGUUGUCAACAACUGAGCUGUCAACAUUUUCUUCCUUUUUUCCCUUUGGUGGUUGUGUGUUUGUGACAUUUAUUUGCAACAAUUAAUUGUGGUUUCUUCAUAUCUUGUUUGUACUAUGUUUCUUCAUAUCUUAACCGUCCAUCACCACUAAAUUAGUGGUUAUUAUUAGUACAAAUUAAUAUAUACUUUUCAAUGUCAUUAUUGUAGUAGAUAAAAAAAAAAAAAUUAAAGUAUUGUACUCCCUCUGUCCUACGGAAAGUGAGUCGUAUUCCUUUUUAUGUCAUCCCAACGAAAGUCAGUCGUUUCUUUUUUUUGCUAAAAAUUAAAGAAUUUAAGACCUUAUUAAUAAAACUAAUUACACUCUUUUUUAUCACACCAAUUAAUACUCAUCUCUUAUUUUUUAAAUUAGUUUUGAAUUAAUUUCUUUUAAAAUCAUUAAUCACACAUAUAAUUAAAUACUUUUAAUACACUAAACAUCAACUUCUUAAAUCUCGUGCUCAAAAGAAUUGUCUCACUUAUGAUGGGACGAAGGGAGUAACAAAUUAUAAUUAUAAAUAAAAUGAGCUUAAGUAAUUCACGAAUAUUUAUAUACGUGUUUCAUACUAGAACAAAUAAUAAAAUCUCUUUUUAGUUGUGUUUGAAUGGUUAAAAUGUACUAACCUCAUCAUUUCACCACGACAAAUGAUUCUAGAUGGCUGAAGUCUAUCAAUUAUAGACUUAUUAUUUUAAAAAAAGUUAACUAUAUAAAUUGCAACAUAAAAUAAUUCUUAAAUAAUUUAUGAAAACUAUGCAUGUAUAUAUAUAUUUUAUGUUAUAAAUUUUCAUAAUAACUCACAAAAGACAAAUUAUCCAGUCACCUUUUCAAAUUCAAUAUGUAAAAUCAAUUCAAAGUAAAUACUACAUUUAAUUUUUUAUCAAAUAAUUGGUAAUUAAGUAAAUUCUAUUCAAUCCUACUAAUCAUAAUUUAUCGUAGAAUUGGGACUGAGGAUCUCAACUGCAACAACCUUUAUCAAAUUAAAUAAAGUACACUUUUCACAUAUGUAGGCAUGCAUUUCCCAAUAAAGAUGCCAAGUUGGACACCUUGUGAACCUUCAAUAUUUAAGAAAUAAAAGAAAUAUUAAAUGUGUUUUGGUGUUAGGAUCGAUAUUGGAUCAACUAUUUGGAUUUCUCUUAAACUUGUUUUUUACAAUCUUAUGUCAACACCUUGUUUCUUGUGAAACGCAGAAUGCAUGUGGGGUGAACGUGGAAAACGUACACCCUGCUGGAGAUAAUGAAUUUAUAAUAAUAGAAGGAUUAAUUUCACUCUCUAAAAGCCACCAAAUCUUUUUAUAUUUUCCAUUGUAACAGGAGACUUUUGGAAUCCUAUAUAUGACAAAACGAAAGAAAAUGUUAAGGAAAAGGGAGGAUUGGUUCGGUAUAUAUGUAGAUCAAGACGAGUAAGAAGAAGAAUCACAAAAGGUACUUUUCUUUUUCUUUAAUUUAAAGUUUUAAUUUUUGAAACCUUUCACUUCAGGAAAUUUUGUUAAAUCUAGCUAGAAUCAUUUGGAUGCCAAAUAAAUGGAUAUUCUUGUUAGAAUUUUUUUUUUUUUUUUUUAAAUACUAGUAAUUAUUCUUUUGCAAUAUGAAGAAUAAUAUAUGCAACCACAAAUAUCAGGUUCGAUUGAAUCUCGCAAUCUAACGAGACUUUACAAAACUCAAUAUGAAGAUUGAAUCGUUUUUAAAUUCACGAGAUUAUGAUUGUCGCCAGAUAGAGUUUUGAAAUCUUUUGCUCGAGUAAAUUCUAUUCAAUCCAAAAUGCAAUUUUUUCUAUACUAAUAGUUUAUCUAGCUAUUUGUUACCUAUUAUGGUAGUUAAUUUGUUCCAAGCAGAAGUAUGUCGGAGGCGCUCCUCGUAUCGGUGAUACAGAAGCUGGACAUGAAUUAUCAAGAGUUCGAAAGAAAUGAGGGAAUGGAAAUGGUAAUUAAAGAGAUGAAAGAGAUUUUGGAUAUUGUGAGGGAUAAGAGAUUGGAAGAGGGAAGAACCCUAAAUUUUUUGGUAUAUGACCUCGUCGAAAUGGCUGACUGUGCCCUCCACCGUCGCGAAAAAGGCUAUACCUAUCUUUGGAAGUAUGAGUCCAUCUAUAGUUGGAUCGGAGAGAUCAAGAAGCACAUUCUUAAACUUGGAGAUGAGAUGGAAUCCAACAUAAGAUCAUCAGAAAAUAUUGAAGAUGAUGUAGAUGUGGUGGGCUUGGAAAAAGAUGUGGAAAUGCUGCUUCGCAAAAUCAUUAUUGGUGGGAAAGGAUACUUCAGUUGGAUUGUUGUUAUCAAAGGAAUGUGUGGUAUUGGAAAGACAACUCUUGCGAGACAAAUAUACAAUCAUCCAACCGUCAUUCAGCUCUUCGACACCCGUGCAUGGGUUUCUAAUUCUACUUCUACUUACUUCAGUACUAUGAAAGAGCUACUUAUCAAAGUAAUUCAACAGCUACAAGAUCCGGAGAAUCUCCAUACAUCUUCCUUAUUGGAGAAUAUGGACAACCGUAGCCUCCGAGAUAUGCUUUCCCAACACCUGCGAGGAAAGAGAUAUCUUAUAGUUCUCGACGAUGUGCCCAAACAAAUGCGCUUCAAGUCUUUCUUGGAAGUUCUUCGACAAGACAAUGGAAGUAGAUUGCUGCUCACAAGUCACACAAUGAAUGCCGACUUACAUGUAGACGAUGGAAAUGUUCAUGAGAUGAAACCUUUGGAUUCUAAGAAGAGCUGGCAAUUGUUCUUGAAAACAAUAAACCAUGGCAAUAAAUUGAGAGGUGAGCACAAAUUCCCAAUGGGCUUGGAGCAUAUGGGAAAACAAAUGUUGAGAAAAUGUGACGGUCUGCCAUUAGCUAUAAAAGAGGUGGGAAAGCAGUUAGCGGAAAAGAAACUCUCGGGGGGGAGUGAAUGGGAACAACUUCUUGAAUCAGUUGAUUUUGGUUCAACAUUGAAGUUAUUGGAGCCAUUUUAUAAUCAACUGGCCUUGGGUAUGGAUCCCAAAGUGCAGUCAUGUUUCUUGGGUAUGGCCUUUUUUAAGGCAAAUACAACUUUGAGGAAAGAAAAGUUGAAACAGAUUUGGGUUGCAGGAGGAGUAGUGGAUUCAGCAUAUAAUUGUGAAUCAUACUUACGCGGUUUAAUCAAUGAAUCUGUUAUUGAGGCCAAGGAGAAGAGCACGAAGUAUUACAUGAAUGGUGUGCUACACAUGCUAUCCAUCCAAAAAGCAGAGGAGGAAUUAGGCUUUGAGAUCAUAAGGAACAAUGGAAAUAAUCGACCCUAUGAGAGUCCUCGUUAUCACCGUGUUAUCAUUUGUAGCAGAGACAAGUUUAACUACUCCACGGAUCAAGAUAAGCAUCUUGUUUCUCUCUUCUUCCAUGGAGGUGGCUACUUGGACACUAGUCCAUCCUAUUGGAAGAGCUUUGAGCUACUUAAGAUACUUGACUUGGAAGAUUUUGGGUUGAAGUUUUUACUGGAAACUAUCGUCAGAUUGAUGGAAUUAAUAUACUUGGGGCUGAGAAAUAAUUACAUAAAAGAGCUUCCAGAGUCGUUGGGGUGCUUGAAAAAGCUUGAGGUUCUUGACAUAGCUCAAAACUUUAUGGUGGAGGUUCCAGAUAUUAUAUGGAAAAUGUAUAAGCUUCGCCACCUCUACAUGUCUGAUGUGAUUUGCCAAAAGCCUUUGAAGAUAGACGAGCUACAACAUCUGGAGACCUUAACCUACAUCUCAGUUGAUAAUUGGACAUAUGGUCUCUCGCGCUUACGACUGCUAUUUCGUCUUACGAAAUUGGGCAUAGAAGGAUUGGAUGGAAACUCAGAUGUAAGCAAGCUCUUUGCAUCAUUAGCUCAGUUGAGGAGCCUCGAGCACCUAAUCUUAAGAGGGUAUCGUUUCAGAAGCAUGCCUUGUUUGGAUAAACUUGGUAUUCUACAAAGUGUUCGUACACUCAAAUUGGAUGGACUCCUUGCCAGGCUUCCAACAAGUUUCCCUCCAAAUAUUGGAUCAUUGACGUUGGUUAAUAGCUGUCUUGAUGAAGACCCCAUGCCUCUAUUAGGGAAGUUAGGGAUGCUAUAUUACCUCAAAUUGCGGAAUGCAUACACUGGUCAACAAAUGGUGAUCUUGCCUGAGGGCUUCCCUCAUCUCAAAGUCCUGUGCAUCGAAGAGUUGUGGAAUCUGAGAAAUAUACAAUGUGCAGAAGAUGCAAUGAAUUGGCUCGAGAAAUUAGAAAUCCAGGAUUGUCCAUAUCUGGAUACCCUCCCGAAAGCGAUUGGGUUGAUGAAGUAUCUGAAGGAGUUAAAGAUGGUGACAACCGAAAGCAUUGCAACAAAGAUGAGAAAUACAGACUUGAUCUCGGAUAUAAGUAUUGUGAAUAUCAAUUCUUAACUACAGUUAUCUGCAUUAUUGAUACAUUUUGCUAGCUUGUUGGCAUUAAUUUGAAUAUUCUCUAGUUUUUCUUCCUUUUUUCCCCCUUUGUUGUAUUGUGUUUGUAAAUGAUAUUUAGUUGCGACAAUUAUGGUCAGCGUUUGAAUCAUGGUUUCAUUCUCACUC